CAAACACCAUAGAAAAGUUAGUAACUCAGUGUGCUGGGAAAAUCUUCUGACCAUUUGUCUGGCGAAAUAAACAAUAUUUGAACUACACAGCAUGGGGGUAAAAAUCUCUCCUGCCUUUUAGAAAUCAGAUGAAAAUAUCAGAACCAAAUCUGACCUGGUUUCUAUUGCACAUGGACCAUGCUUUGAAGGCAGAAUAAUCUAACUAAGGAAGAUGGAAGAUAAAGAAGAUAACAUUUUAAAAUCCCAGCCCGAAUAUCUAGAGACAGGUUUUAAGUCGAAUGUCUCUCAGGAGGAAGGUGAAAGGCCAAAAGCAAAAGGGUUUCCUAGAAUAUUCAGAGUCUUUACUAGAGAGGAGCCCUAUCCAUGUUUAGCAGAUUCCCAGCAAAGUGCUGGGAACCAAUCUAAUACAGAGCAGACUUGUACAGCUAAUGAAGGAUGUUUUGGAGUUUCCGUGACAUCCCAAACCGAGGAAAGCUGGCUGUCUGAACAAGUCCAGGAUGACAAUAAGGAGCUCACACAGAGUGCUUCCGAAGAGAUACAUUUUGAAGAUUCCUUGUCUUCAGAACUUGAUUCAAUUACUACCUACUUGGACCAAGAGCUAAAGGAAAUCAGCAUUUUUACUGAUAUACAGUGCAAUGAAGAUUUGCUGAAGCUUUUACAAGCCCCUCUGCUCUCGAAAAUUGGACCCCCCAUCAUACUGGCCUACAAACAAGAGUCGCGGGACAAAGCCACGGAUCCCAGAGAUGUGGUUCCUCAGGUACAGUCCGCAGAAAAUUCAAGCCUGUACGCAGAAUGUGAGUUCUGUGGUCAAAAACAGAAGCCGUUUCCAACAAGGGAUCAGAUUAAAAGAGGACGAGUCAACGAGCUCUUCUGUUGCCCAAAAUAUCAACUGCUGUACGACUUCUUAAUGAAAGAGCAGGAUAGCAUUCUGGGAAAGAAAGGGGAAGAGAAAAUCUCCAUUGACCCUCAUCCUCCACAUGGGAACCAGGAACAGCGAGACAGGGCAAAGGAGAGGGCUGCACAGAGAUUGCGAGAAAGGGAGAUGGCAAAGUACUACCAAAUAACAGACACGAAUCCCUCUGACACACCAGGCUACUCGAAACAGUUUAAAACAAUUAGCUAUCAGCUGUCGAGCUCUGCACCCAAGGAGGGAAGCUGGACUGUGACACCCAAAGCAGCAAUAGAAGAUAAACCUGAAAGCGAAGAUGAUGUUAAUGAUGAAGACUCAUACAUGCCUGCUGGUGAUUUUUUUGGAACACACAGCAAGGGCAAAAAAAUUCAGUUUACAGAAAAAUACUACGCCAAUGGAAAUAAGUUUUUGACCAUCUUCCCUGAUGGGACAGGACAAGUUCUUUAUCCCUCUGGAAACUUGGCAGUUCUCAUUAUCGAGAAUGAGCAAAAGGAGUUUACAUGCAUAGUGCAGGAAGAUCGAGCAACAACUCCAGCUAUCCAGGCUGUGUUCAACUCCAGUGGAAAAGGUACCUGCUAUCACCCCAAUGGAAUGGUUUGGUUAAAUAUGAAUAGACUUGGAGGACUGCAUUCAGAUGAAAAUGGGAAUAAAGUGAAGCAGUGGAAGUGGACUGAAAACCCAUCUUCCACCAGCUGUACUCCCUUUAAGCCAGUCUUUCUUUCCCUGUCCCAUAACGUUGGGGUCAGGAUUCUGGAACAAGAGAGAAUUUUUAUCUCCUUUUUGGCAAUGGGAAAACAAGCUAAAUUCAAUGUAGGGGCCAAAAUACAGAUAAAGGACACCAGCAAUCAGCCAUCAAUCAAGUCACAGCUAGCAAGAAAUGACCUUUUACUGCUUGCCAGCAGAAUAAAGAUUCAGACAACUUUCCACAAGCUGUACGCAUCCCUGAGUUUCCCUUCCAGCAAACACCUAGACAGAGCCAAGCCUCCUUUGUACCUGAUAUCACUGAGUAAAAAACUAGCAAGUCUGUGUGAGAAAAUUAAGUUGGAAAAAAAAGAAUGGAUGUUUAUCAAAGCUUCCAUAGAGAGCUGUUUAGAUGUAUAGUUUUCUUUAUGUAACUACUUAGGAAACAUAGAACAUAAUAUUGAUAUCCAUUUUGCGCAAUAUGAAAUAUGGUACAGAUGUGGCAAAUCAGUAAUAUUCAUUGUUAUAAAUGAAUUGUUAAAUGUACUUUAAUUUAUACUUCUUGUAUAUAUUAGGAUCACAAAUAGAAAUAUGACCCUAUUGGCUAGGGUUACAUAGUGGAUAAUUAAAAUGGUCUAACCCUAUCCUCAGACCAUAUGUAACCUUACAUUAAUCCAACAAGCUCAUGUUUCGGGUUAGGGUCCUGUAUGUUCCUGUAGGUUCCUUUUCUACGAGUUUUUUGGGUCACACGAUAACUUUAGAUGAUGUAUUGAAUAAAAAGAAA